AGCAGAGCAGAGCAUAUCUAUUCUACUGAUUGUGUUAAAAAGGGGAACAUUCAAAAGCUAGCAGAUUAUAAUUUGCAUGGAUAUGGAACAAGAGUCCGAAUCUGUUGACUGGAGAGGGAGACCUUCCAAACCCACUCGCCAUGGCGGCAUGACUGCUGCUCUCUUCGUCCUAGGGCUUCAAGGUUUCGAGAUGAUGGCAGUAGCUGCGGUGGGGAAUAACCUCAUCACAUACGUCUUCAACGAGAUGCACUUCCCUCUGUCCAAGGCCGCCAACACCGUCACCAACUUCGUGGGCACCAUUUUCCUGCUCUCCCUCUUGGGCGGAUUCCUCUCCGAUUCCUAUCUGGGCAGCUUCUGGACCAUGCUCAUCUUCGGCUUCGUCGAGCUCUCCGGCUUCAUCCUCCUCUCCGUCCAAGCCCACGUCCCCGAGCUCCGCCCCUCCGCCUUCCAGGAGGCCUCCGGCUACAAGGCCUCCAUCUUCUACGGCGCCCUCUACCUUGUCGCCCUCGGCAGCGGCUGUCUCAAGCCCAACAUAAUCUCCCACGGCGCCGACCAGCUCGGCAAGCACCAAUCCAAGAACCUCUCCACUUUCUUCAACUGCGCCUAUUUCGCCUUCUGCACCGGCGAGCUCCUCGCCCUCACGCUCCUCGUCUGGGUCCAGACCCAUUCCGGGAUGGACGUCGGCUUCGGAGUCUCCGCCGCCGCCAUGGCUGUCGGCCUCAUAUGCUUGAUCUCAGGCUCCUUCGCUUACCGCAACACCCCUCCCCGCGGCAGCAUUUUCACCCCCAUUGCUCAGGUGUUCGUGGCUGCAAUCUCCAAGAGAAAGCAGAUAUGCCCAUCAAACGCAAGCACACUACACUCCUCCUCCCUCCACACCAACAAAUUCCGGUUCCUGGACAAAGCAGCUUGCAUCAACGGCAGCGAUGAGAGCCCCUGGCGCCUCUGCAGCGUCUCCCAGGUGGAGCAGGUCAAGAUUCUCCUCUCCGUAGUGCCCAUAUUCGCCUGCACAAUCAUCUUCAACACCAUCUUAGCUCAGCUGCAGACCUUCUCAGUCCAACAGGGAACCUCCAUGAACACUCACCUCACCCCCAACUUCCAAAUCCCUCCCGCCUCCCUCCAGUCCAUCCCCUACAUGAUGCUCAUCGUCGUCGUCCCCCUCUACGAGACCACAUUCGUCCCCCUCGCCAGGCGCCUCACGGGGAAGGAUUCCGGGAUCUCCCCCCUCCAGAGAGUCGGGACGGGCCUCUUCAUCGCCACUUUCUCCAUGGUUGCAGCAGCCAUCAUUGAGCACAAGAGAAGAGUCUCCACACAGACACUCUCCAUUUUCUGGAUAGCUCCACAGUUUCUCAUAUUCGGCCUCUCAGAGAUGUUCACUGCUGUAGGGCUCAUUGAGUUCUUCUACAAGCAGUCAAUACAAGGGAUGCAGUCCUUCCUCACGGCCAUGACAUACUGUUCCUAUUCCUUUGGGUUCUACCUCAGCUCCCUUCUGGUUUCUUUAGUGAACAGAGUCACCUCCGGGUCCGGUGGCGGCUGGUUGAGCAACAACGAUCUCAACAAGGAUAGGCUGGACCUCUUCUAUUGGUUGCUAGCUGCACUCAGCCUCGUCAACUUCUUCAAUUUUCUCUUCUGGUCUAGAUGGUAUUCUCGCACUCAAUCUCCACUACUCGACACCGAAUUGCCGCAGGAGCUAGACAAACACAAUGCUUUAAGUUUAAACUACAAUCACCACUAAUACUUAGUAAUACGAUUUCUUGUUUUUUCUUCUAUUUUUGUACGCCAUUGAGUAGUGGAGCAGGAAAAGAAGCCUACUAGGCCACAGCUGCUUUAUGCAUAUUGUAUCUUGUUCCUAUCUCUUCCGUGCUACUGUUAAAUUGGACAUCGCGCAAAGUUAGGUCCGGAACAAUAAUCUCUAAUUAAGUGUA